CUCGGAAAGAAAUCAUAGCAGUUGUCGGACUUGAUAUUCGGACUUUGUUUGGCUUCGCUUGCCUCGUGUCCAUGAUAUGCCCGUUGUCCGCUGUCUAGAUCACAUAUUUAAGCCGCCCGAUGUUGCCAUCAAGUCUAGAGAUUCUGGAGAGAAGUACCUAGUUUCUAAAGAGCCAUUAGGAGCACUACACUGCAAACACAAAGACCACCACAGCCAGCUAUCCGGGACCCCACGAUGAAGUACUCACCGAUCUUGUUCUGCCUCGGUCUUGCCGGCGUCGCCUUUGCUGCCCCGCAGCCUGCGGACACUACCACUACCGGCGAGGUUGUCCAACGGGCGGACGGCUCGUUCUCGCUCAAGCCCCGCUUCGCAGACCUAGACCCGCGUCAGGGCCCUUGCCUCGAGUGCCCAUGCACCGGUUGGGACCCCGACUCUUGCUGCUGUCCCCGGGGUCGGAACUGCUGCAACCGCUGCAACACUUGUGCCUAGGACGGAGCAAUGUCGAUGUCGGUGAUGCGGAAACCUGUUGAUUGGUUUUUGUGGAGGGAAUCUACUUUUGUUGUAUGGUCGGUAACCCUUCAGCCCCAUCGAAGAUGGAGGGGGCAUGUCACUCCUUAAACUUGGGGCCUCGCAGGUCAGCGCCCCAGUAAAAAUUAAAAGCAACAUGGCCAUACCACCCAGA